AUGGGUGCGAAAUGGUCGCCUCGGAUCUGGUGGUUUCGGGACCGUCUGGGCUUGAGGAGUGCCAGGAGCCGGCAGCCGAAGAUGGCCCCCGGCUUUGAGCAGUCAAGGAGAUUAUAUCCGGAACCGGAGUAUGUACCCUGCUUCCUGCAGUCGUAUGGCUGGCUCUCCACCACCGAGGCGAUCUACAUUGCCAUGGAAUACCUCCCACACGGCGAUUUGAAGAAGCAUCUCAUCCAAUCUCUACCCGAAUCUGAGGCGAAAACGGUUUGCACACAGGUGUUGGAGGACCUGAAGUGCAUGCACGAGAACGGCUUCGUGCACAGGGACUUGACACCUCAGAACAUCCUCGUGGGAGACUCCUCGAUGAUGGUGCAAGGCACGAUGGGCUUCAUGGCACGAGAGGUGCUGGGUUACGUCCCAAGGGGGUCGUCGUUUUACGCCGUCGACAUCUGGUCGUUGGGUGCUCUUCUGUUCUUCGUCUCGACGAACGCGGUAGCGUUGGAGCAUAGAUGGCUUGCGGUAGCCCGUGAGGUGAACGGCCAGCAGCAUACUCCCAGCUACGUGGACGAGGAGUUUGCCAGAAUCAGGACCUGGGAAAUUAUUGCAGCAGUAGCGCCUUUGGCAAAUGCAACAGCGGCGUUGAGUUCGAUGGUAGGAGGGAGACAGCUGCACCUGCGGCCAACUUCUUCCACAAUGUCGAAAUCAGAAGCCGUCGACAGCCAAGUCAACGUCGAGCAGCCCGAUUCAAUAGGAACACCUAGAUCCGCGUCGGCGAUGACCGCGAGCCAGCUACAUGACCAGCCAGCUUCUUCCCCACCGUUACACCCAAGGGCCUGGCCUGGACUUGUCUACUUUGGAGAGCCAAAGUCAACAGGAACACGUACUAUCUCUGGAUGGGUGGCAUCGUUCUCAAAGGAUAAAACGAUCAAGUUCUGGAACCUAACAAGAGGCCAAUACCACGCAACGGUCCAGCGCGUCAAACCGUUCUGGAAGGCCAUUGCAACCGCGUUCUCGCCCGGCCUGUCGACCUUGGCUGUGUCACUAGAAGAACGUGAGCUUUCAUCAUUCAUUGGACGGAAGGUCAAGAUAAGGGAUCCGGCUGUGGUGACAUGCCUGCGGACAUUCAAUGGCGAAACUUCGCUGAUUGCUCGACCGAUCGCACUUUCGGUCGACUUCGGCACGCUCGCGUUAGAAGACGACGAUGUGGUGAGAAUCCUGGAGCCGGCGACGGGCCAGCGUCAGCGAAUAGCCACUACGGGUUGGGGUCCCGGUGGGCGACUCGCCUUGUCGCCCGACUCAAGUCUGCUCGCAGCAGCCUUGUUGACCCUGAGCAGGAUCAGCGUAUGGGAGUUGCCGAGCGGCCGGGAGCUGUUGACUGUUGGGACGGUCCGCAGUUCUGUUACCGCCGUCUGCUUCUCGCCCGACUCGGCCUUACUUGUGUUCGGCUCCCGCGAUGGCAUCAUCCAGAUAUGGGACCUGGCGAGGAAAAAGUGUACAAAAGCUCAAGCUCCAUACCACAGCCGUCAAUUCAUUCGCCUUUCUGCCCAAUUCGAACUCCCUGGCGUCAGGCUCAGACGAUCGGACCAUCAGAGUUUGGGAUAUAUGGACGGGCGAGUGCCUGUACAGUUUUUAACGACCUCCUAA